AUGGAGAUUACGUUGGCAAGGUUCUUCAAUGUCAUGAAUGUCUUGAAGGAGGCAACUGCACUCGUUGUCCACUUGGCUGACUUUGAUGAAGAAUGGGUCUUGAAGACGGCCGGCAAGCUACAUGAAGGAUUUACGAAGGAAGCCAUGGAGGGCAACCUGCAUGUGAUACAUGCGCCGCGGGAUCUCUAUCCCUUGCGACAAGCUGAAUCUAAAUCCUUCGAGCUGUCGGGUUUUCAGAAUGCCGAUCUGAAUGGCAAGUACUCUCGCCUCACAGCCACGGACCAGGUGUCCUAUGCAUCUGCUAGUCGCCAGUACGUCCUUGUCUGGUGUGCGCACACAACUACGGUGGUUCACCGACGCUGGGUACUGCUUGCCUGGGAGGAGUGGAUGUCGAGCGGUGACUGCAAGGGCAAAGCCCGGGCACCUGAGGAGCUGGAAAUGCUCGACGAAAGCGUGAGAGGUUGGGAGGAGCAGGUGGACGGAAUCUGGGUCCAAGCUGCAGACGCGAAAAUUUCGAAUGUGGCAGUUCAAGAGGGUGUCCUGCUGAAGUUUGGUGACAGCCCCAAGAGAACAUGGUGGAGGACCAAGCAGAAUCUGGAUUACGCCUUCCUCAUGUGGUAUGCCGCAGACAUUUCAGAUUACUACAUGCAACUGGAGGAUGAUGUGCAUCCUGUACCGCUCUUCGCAACUUUUGUGCAAAGCGCCAUUGAGAGAAGCCUGCUCGGGAAGCCAUGGGUCAUGGCUUCCUUUUCGAGCUUGGGCUUUAUUGGCAAGCUCUUCAACAACUCGCGCCUCCCCAGUCUCGCGCACUUUCUGCUCGCCUUCAGUGCGGAAGCCCCGUGCGAUUGGCUGGUAUGGACCUGGAUCGACACCUGGAGCCCUACUCCUGUGACCGCAGAUCUGCCUGAGAUGCUUGAACAGGAUUUCUCAAGGAAGCCAGAGUCUGCCAAAGAAGGUGAAGCAGUCGAGAAGCUGAAGUCAAGGGAGGACGUCUCAUUGUAUUAUUUGGACAGCUCGUUGCCACGGAUCUUCCUGAAUGAGGCGGUGCCUUCAAGCACACUGAAGCCCAAGAUGGACGACAACGGGGCAUGGACCAUGAGUCACCCAAGAGCAGCAGUGGAAAGCCCUAUGGUGCCAUACAAGAACUACAAUCCUGAAGCCGCCUACCCGCCGGGCGACCCUUUGGGAUUCUGGACGGCGGAGAACUGUGCAGAGGCAAUGGACUCACAGGACCCUCACGCAGAGGUGCAGUGCUUAGGGAACAAGUUCCUGAGAUUGAAGUUCUUCGAGGCCUUCACAGCACAGGCCCGGAUCGUCCUUCAUCAAGGCCGCCCUGGCCACGAGGCAGACUUCAUUCGAAACGGGCAGCUACGCGUGUCCCAGAGGAGUGACUGCAGCGAACCCACCAAUCUGCGGAACAUUUCAAAGGCCGAAGAAACCUGGGAAGGCAAGCUGGAAGGGGUGCGUUGCUUGGAGAUCGCUGUUAUGGCAGCCCAGCGAGAAUGGAUUUUGAUCCGUGAGAUCGUAGUUCAGAGGGUCGACGUGCCCACGGCGUCAAGGCCUUCGACGCGAAUUCCGAAGGAGCAGCCUCCAAAGGAGCAAACUCCGAAGGAGCAGAAGGAGAGUUCUUCAUAUCCCUUGAACGCUGUGGCAGUGUUCAUUGGCUUCUUUGCCGGUAGUGUGGCGUGGCUUCUCGUCCGAUGCAGCCCGCGCGAAUCUCGCAACACCAAGAAUCUUGGCGAGCUGAGCUGCUGGGCGCUCUACUACAUCCUGGUGCUUGACUUGCUCGUCUUCUUCCUCCUAUGGCCCUCUUCAGGGCCAGCUGGAGCAUAUGGCCGACAGCCACCCCAGCCACAUUCUGACUUUGUUUCCAAUAAGCUCUGCGCAUCAGGGCAGCCUCAUCAGCAGCAUCUUCCCCUGGACUGGCAGUCUUUGAGCUCUGGUAUUCUUAAUGUCGAUGCCUCGAAGAUUAUGCACCUUGGCUCGGCUGCGGACCCUCGAUUUUCGAAGCAUUCUGAGCAGGCCCCAAAGGCCCCAAAGGCCUUCCUGUCGGUUGGACUUAUCCUGGAUCCCGAAACUGAGCCAGCGACCGCGGCCAACGAUUUGGCACAUUUGCUUAGUGCCACCGGGAACGCGGCCCUCGUGGGCAUACUGGUGCCCCCCUCCGAGAAGGCACGGCAGGCACGGCGAGGGGAGUUGAUCCUUGGCAUUCGAGCCAUGCUCGGAGGAUUGAGCCCGGAGAUGCAAGCUCUCAUCCACCUGCUCGACCCCUCGCUUGAUCUGUACCCGCAUCCCCCUGCUAGACGAUACAACGUCGAUUUGGCACUCCUCAUCAGUUUUCUGCGGCCAUUGGCUGACACCUUCAUGUUGCUGGAAACAAGUUCGGUCAUGGCCCCGGGGUAUCCCCAGCUUCUUCAGCAGCACUCGCUUCGCUUGGCUUCCCAGAACAACUCUUGGAUCAGCAUCCGCUUCAGCAAGCACGGUCACGCGAGGCAGCUCAUUCGCUCCAAGUUCCUGCAGCGUUGGAUGGAGUUGCUUCUGAUGUUUCCCGAUCUUCCGGCGGACGCUUUGUUCUGGGACUUCCUUGACGUCGUCGCCGAGCAGCGGCCGAGAUCCACGGAGCUAGGUUCUUUGAGAGGCGAGCGCUCGGAUAUCAAGAUCUUGUACGCCGAAGACAAAGAGGCCAUUGUUGAGCACCUCGGCGAUGUUUCCUCCUUGCAAGGCAAAGUACAACGGGCAUCCGAGGAGUGGUUCAAGAGUCACCCGCUUCCUGAUUCGCUCUUCGACAAUCCUUCGGGGGCGUUUGCGACCAACACGAAGGGGCGGUCCGACCUGCUGCAGUCACUGUACGACGAUUCUGCACCCAACCACCAGGUCAGCUGUGGCCGACACGAAGCCAAUACGUGUCAGCAAUGCCCCGAAGGCCUCCCGGGAUAUGGUGAAUUCUGGUGCAAUGGUGACUGCGGAUGGGCCAACGGUGAAUGCAAAGCGGUCUACAAAACUCAUGACGUCACCUCGCCGGGAGCCUGGUUGGAGUUGGUGUUCAAAGAGCCCCAUGAUGUUGAGGCGGUCAACCUGCGAAUGGGUGGCACCGUGAAGCAGAGCUCCGCGGCGGAGGCUCCUGAUGACGACUUCGACUACGCACUGGAUGAUGCCGAAAUGCUCUUUGGGCAGAGUGCGGCUGCCAGCGAGGGGCAGCCAUGCGGCAAGUACAGCAGGAUCCUCAACCUCGCCGGGCGUGAGGUAUUCUGGCGAAGCAGCUUUAGCACACCCAUCAAGGAUGUGCGGUGCAUCCGCAUCCAGGUGUCUCGCGCUCAGCAGCAUCCUCUGGUUCUCCGAAGUCUCCAAGUGCGGACGCAGCUUCCGCAGGACAAGCCAGCGCCACCCCCUUCGCUCCGAAGCUCUGUCGUCCGGAGUCAGGGAGAGACGCGGCACGAGCACUUCCUGCAAUGGGUAUGGUUGACCUGGCUGGCAGUGCUUGCAGGAGUCUUCGCGGGUCUGCUGGGCACUCUGCUCAGGCGCAAGACGAGGCAGCACGACCUCCCAGGUGUUGGACGCAGCUGGUGA